AUGUCGGCAGAUGGACGAUUUGGCACUGGAGCAAGCAAGAAGAAGAUGGAAUUCGCUUCGCUCUUACAAGAUCUACAGCGCGGCGAGCAGCUCUACUUGACUGCACAGUACAAAGACCAUGACGAAGACUCCAUUCUAGCUGAACCUCUGGAAACAAUCCAGUACAAAAUCGGCUUUCCUGUACAACCAGUGGCUGCAGGUGAUCUUAUGAUUGCCAAGGUCAAUCUAUGGCUCGGUGCGUCAAAAGAAGAACGCAGUAGCGGCUGCCACCAUGACUUUCACGACAACUUCUACUGCCUGCUCUCCGGUAGCAAGACAUUUCGACUCUUUGCAUCUACAAAGGAGAACACUGAGCGCCUUCAACUCCAUGGUCAGAUCGUGCGACGGUUUACCAACGGCUUGGUGGCAUACGAUGAACUGCUGGGCAGUGAUGGCUUGACUGGGCUAGCCAAGGCAACCAUUCGGCUUGAGCUAUGCGAGCAGAACAUGAGUACACUCACAAAUGUGACCGGAAAAGCGUUUGAGGACGCUCGAGAAGCUUUAGAAGCAGCAGAAGACGAUAUGCUCAAUUGCCAACUCGAAGCGGGCGUGUCGGCAGAGGAAGAUGACUAUGAGGAUGACGGGUCCAUUCAAGAGCCAUCGUCCAACGAGGACACGUCUGAGGACGAACAAGGUGAUCUGACGAAUGACGAUUGUCCGCCACCUUCAUUUUCUACGCUGAGCUCCGACCAAGUGCAAAAGCUAGUUGGCAAGUACGGCGAGACAAUCUCGCUGGAGCGCGGCGAGAUGCUCUACCUACCGGCGUCUUGGUUUCAUGAAGUCAUUUCUCAUUCAGGCAAAGAAGACUUUCACAUGGCGCUCAAUUACUGGUUCUACCCUCCAGAUGAUGACAAAGGUGGCUAUCUCGACACACAAAUCUUUGACGAGCUACGUCGGCGCAUGAUACAGAACUCAAUUUCAGGUGACCUACAUGGACUUGAUGACCUGGAGGGAUCCAAGAAGAGACAGAAGACUGAAGGCAUAUAG